GAGGACACAGCGGAAACACAUUUUAAGACAAUUGCUGGCUGAAAUAAACUCAAAAAUCUUGAGGAAAUGGAGGCGAACUAUGGAAAACAUAGCACACUGACACCUGAAGAAAAAGGCAGGUGGCACCUUUAUUUCUCGAAGCCCCGAUUUAUGAGAGCGCAGCCGGGUGGCCCUCACCCCCUCUGCCGCAUGAGUCACCCUGGGAGACGUGUCAACAGCAAGGCCCGGCAACCCGAUUCCAGACCCCAUCACUGGAGAAAUACGGCACCGUCAUAUUACAUCUGCUUUGUGAAGCAAGCGGUCCUGUGGAACAGAGGACAACAUCACACUGUUAUUUUGCAAAAGAAUGGCCCACCACCCCGGUGUUCACGUUUUUAUGCUCAUAUGGAGGCCCGUGCGGUUCAUUCUAGACCCCCACAUUUCCUAAGCUCACAGCCCAGACCACAGCCUAUUUCUUUGGGGGAAAAACAAAGACAACAGCCCUUGAUUCCUCCACAACAUCAAGCAUGGCCAGGUAACAGAAGAUUCAAGAGACAAUUUGCUGUGGACGUACCCCAUGUGCCGGCAUCCCCUAAUCCAAGUGAAGCUUCUGCUGUCAAAUUCCCAGAUAGUCCAAGUCCAACUCUUCAGACUGUUGAUCACCUUCAGAGGUUCUAUACCCCCAACAUAAAGAUCCCAUUCGGAGAUGAAGAUGAGGUAGAGGAUGCACCCUCUGCUCCACCAGACUUGAAUCAGGGGCAUCAAGAAAUGGUUCAGGAUGAAGCAGUGACCCCAAGCACACUUUCCACACUUUCCACCCCAACAACCCCCAGCGUUACAGCCACCCCAACCACUUUAGGCACCCCAAGUAUUCCAGCCACCCCAACCUCUUCUAUAACCCCACAUUCUUUGUCAGACUUCAGUCGGCCUGCAUCCAGCCAGUUCAGUCGUAGCACUGACCUCAACAGCAGCUUCUCCGAUGCCCUGUCAGUGAACUUGAGCGAUGAUGAUGGUGCUGACAAUGGUCCUAUUGAUGAAGAUAACCAUGCUUAUGACCACAACCAGAAUAAUGAGCAUACAGUUGGCUAUAUUUCACCAACUGAUCCCCUCUUCAGCGCUCCAGAAAGUUGUGGCCGAACCAGCUCGCGGAUGGGAUUUCCUCAAGCAAGUCUCUCUGAAUCUCUCACCUCAUGCAAACAAGAAACACCUACUUUUCUGCUUGACACCCCGAUUUAUACCCCAAAAAUUCAAACUCAGAGGCCUCAAUCAAGGCAAGCUUCAGACAUCCAGCAGUUUAGGGAUGAAAUCUUGCAUAGCCGAUCCAGUCUGAGCCAGUCUGGUCUGAGUCACGAGUCCAGCAAUAAGUCCAGGCAGAGUCAUUCCUCAGCAGGGGAUAGUCGAUCAGAAUGGAACCUCUGGCGAGUGCUUCCUCCCAUCAUGCCGCAGCAAGAUGGAUUGCAAGGUGAGACUGUAAUGGAAGGGACCCCUGACUCCAAAUCUAUCAGGUCCCAGUCAGAUUUAUUUGCCGAAUUGGAUGAUCUGGCUCCUCUCUCAGAUCCCUGCGUGUCUCCGGACCACCCGGCCGGAAGUGAAACAGACCGAUCUCAGUCUAACACAGAUCUGAGUCCAGGGCUCGCGGCUCUAACAGUGGGCUGUGAUUCAGGGGAUCUGGGAUCUUUGUCCCGUGUGCAUCUCUUACUGCUGGAGAGGGGAGGAUCGGAGAGCCCUGAUAUCGUCCUGAGUCCCGAAUGGCGUAACUCUCCAGACGGAGAGGACUUCAAACCUGGCCUCCGAGUCUGGACCUCGGGCAUUCCCCAACAUUAUCAGUCCACAGUCUUGGAAAGCCGCAAACCAUUAAGUGGUAGAAACAGCGACAUGUGCCAGGCCCAAGAUUCUCUGGCGACUAUGAAGGGACACAGAGAUUGCCCUGAGGUGAGGACCUCGCUCAUAAAACCAUUUAAACACAUGACCGCCAGCCUACACACCCACAGAGGAAUCUAUGGUGACUUUAUUGCUGUCAGCUCUCAACUGAAUAGAAGCAACUGGGGGAUUUUCGGGCGGCAGGUGUAGGGCUAAUCAGUCAAUAACAGGACAGGAAGGGGCAGAGAAAAAGGUGCAGUCUCUUAUUGAGAAAGUAGUUGGGCUUUCAGUCUCCUCUGGCUCACGCUGAAUCCUUGCAUCAUGCGUGCUUUACCUCAGUUAUAUAGAACCAGCAAUGCAAACGGUUGUGAGUUUCGUGGAACACAUACUGGUGUAAUGCAUAAUAAAUGUAUAGAGUCGAAGGACAUUAUUGUGCCACUGCAAGGCAAAGGGGGCGAAUUUGGUGGGGUAAACAAUGUCAGUUAGGGGUCAGAGGGCUUAAAGCAAUGGAUGCAGGUGCAAAGGAAUGAAGGCAUUCAUCUUUCUUUCAUAAAGUAAGAAAGAAGGGGGUAUGGUGCCCAAAACGUGAACGCAUUAUAAGCUGCAGUCAAUUAUGACCCAGUACAAUAGAUUUUCACUAGGAACGGGGAUUGUCUGCACAAUGGAAGCAUGGUCAUGGAGUCCAACCCACAUACUCGCAUUCAAAGGACAGAAAUGUAAUUCUGUGUUGACACACACACCUGUGCUAUGUAUAUUUAAAAGGGAUAGUUCACCCAAAAUGAACAUUUUGUCUUCAUGUGGACCACAAAAAGUAUUCGAAAAAAAUGGUUUUGUGUCCAUACAAUGGAAGUCAAUGAUGACCCAAUGUUAUUCAUGCACCAACAUUCUUCAAAAUAUGUUCUUUUGUGUUCUGCAGAAGAAAGUCAUGCAGACUUGGAAUUGAUUAGGCAAAUGACAAAA